AUGCGAUGCGCAGCGGAAGCUGCUGAGAAGGCAGCUGAGCAUGUUAAUGCAGCUGCUCUUGACGAUGUCCAGACUCUAGCGGCAGACGAAGCAUCGUCUGCCGCUUUGACUCUUCCUGCAGCACCAGUUGCUGCAGAGGUACGUCUUGUGCCACCACGUGCUACUAAUGAUGAUGGUUACCAAGUGGAAUUUAUCAAUUCGGGGGAGGGGACGGUGGGUCCGACUGGUAGGAGACGCCUAGGUCGCCCGAGUCUCAAAGGGCGACCGAUUAAGAGCCUAUGA